CGCCCCAUUGCCACCGUCAAUUCACCGCACUAGAUACCCAUAUUCUCCCCUUAUACAACCAAUGAAACCUCCAGUCUUUUCGCUAGAGCUGGUGCAGCUCCAGUUUGACUUGAGCAACUUGCAGUUCUUACGGAUCGCCAGUAACAUCCUCUACCUUAUUGCCAAUUCCCAUGUCUACCGCAUCAACCUCGAGGACCCCUCCCGGAUCACCGAGAUCGCCCUUACCUCUGUGAUUGCGCUGAACGGGCCGGUAACGAACGUUUUUGUUUCCCCCAGCGGCUGCCACGUGGUUCUUGAGUUGACCUCCGCGCACUACUAUUUGAACCUUCACUACGAUCGGCCGAAGCUCAUGGCCCGUUUCAAGGGCGUUCAGACCACGUGUCUCCGCUGGCUAACGGACGAUCCCUUCGAAACCGACCUUUUGGUGGGCACCAAAAUCGGGCAGAUUCUUCACACAAAGUUGGUCAGACACGAUGACUUUGCCAAAAAAGACGACCAUCACUUGAAAUGCGUGUUCAAGGCAGGGUCGAAUAAUGCCGUCAACGAUAUUGUCAUCCGGGGACACGAGAUUACGGUGUUCACACACCAGGAGAUCUACGGGUGGACCCUGGAUGACGUGGUGGCCGCACUCAAAACGCCCCCAGCAGAGUCCAUGACCGACGCUUCGAGUUACCAGGUUUACCAAUUUGGCAAAUUCAGCGACGAAUAUCUUAUCGUCAAAAAGGGCAAGGUGAUCAAGAGCAGCCGUGCCAGGUUGGAGGGAUUGACCGUACCCGCGGCCAACGUGCUUGUGACGCGGUACCACUUGGUGACGUUUGACACCAAGAGCUCCACGUUGAGCAUCACCAACCAGCUUGACAACAAGGUGGUUUACGAAAACAAGCUCAGCCUUGAUGUGAAGGAGUCAAUUGUGGGGUGCACGGCGGACUACCAGUCUGAUACGGCCACGUUCUGGCUCUAUUCCACCCACCAGAUCUGGGAAAUCGUCCCCAACAACGAAUCGAAAGAUAUCUGGGAGCUUUUUGUCGCCCGAAACGAAUACGACGAAGCCUUGAAAUCGACAGACUCGGCCCUGGUGCGUAACCUCAUCCAGAUCAGACAGGGCCGCCAGUGCCUCAGCGAGGGCAAAUUCAAGGAAGGAGCCAACUUGCUUGCCAACACCACAGAACCGUUUGAAAGCAUUGCGUUGAAUCUAAUGGAUGAUACCGAGACUGAUGCCGAUACCCAAACCGAAAAGACGGAUGCGUUGUUAGAUUACUUGCUAUUGACCUUCAAAGGCGCCAACGCCUUGCAAAAAAAGUUGCUCAGCAGCUGGAUCGUGGAGCUAUACAUUACGAAGCUCAACCAAAUCGAAGGCUGGAUCAUCUCGUCUAAGAGAAACGUCGGAGUAACCGACCUUCUGGCGAGCCUCCACGGGGUGUCCACAGCCAGCAGCGCGAGCUUGAGCAAGCUCUUGGCAGCGACAAACCAGAGCUAUGAGCGGUUUGUGAGAACAAACCAGGUCAGCUUGGACAAGGAAACAAUCUACCAGAUUCUCACCAACUACCACAACCAGCCGCAGUUACUCUUCUACGCGAACAUCAUCAAGGACUACCGGUUCACCAUGACGUACUACAUCAAGCUAAAGGACUGGGAAAAUGCCUUGGCGGUUUUGAUGGCCGUCUACUGCGACCCACCCCUGGAAAAGGACCUAGAGAUGUUGAGCAAGGAAACGUCGCCAGUGGAGCUCAUAUACGAAUACUCCACUACGCUAUUGGUAAAUUCCCCGAGGGCGACCAUCGACGUUUGGACAAAGUUGUUCAAUGCCAACUAUCCAGUCAAUGUUGUGAAGUUGUUGCCCGCGCUCUUAACCUUCAGCAAGACCCACAAAUCGCAGGUAAUAUGGAACGAGAAUUUGGUCAUUCUCUUCUUGCAGAAAGUGAUCUAUAAGAUGGACCAGAUGACUCAAACGAUGGGUAGUUUAUCCACUCCGUCGCGGAGCGACGUAAAAAUCAUUCACGAUGUGUAUUUGAGCAGCCUUAUCACGUACCCGAGUGAGCAAAAGUCCCAGGCAAUAGCGAAGGAAAUCACAAAGUUUUUAAAGUUAUCCAAACACAUUGACCAGGACUUUGUGUUGCGGUUGUUGAUUAAGCACGACCAGAUCCAGCCAGCCAUCCAGGUGUUGAUCUCCCAGAGCUUGCACAGCACCGCCAUUGACUUGGCAUUGGACUACAACAUGGACGACAUGGUGGAGUACAUUAUCAACGAUUUUGACAGCCAACUGGGUGACGGGCUCGACCUGAUGGGGGUGCUCGAUGAUGUGCUUUGGAUCGACAACGCGACGUUCAUCCAGAAGAAAAAGCUCUGGCUCAAGGUGGCUAAGUAUUUGAUCAAGGAGGUGGUGAGUGGCUCAAACAAGUUGGAGUUUGUGUUCAGAGAGUUUGAUGACGAAGAAGUCUCGGAACCUAGUUCUGCGGCCGAGGAUUCCAAGUCCAAAAAGUUGAACACAAUUCUCCGCUACUUGCUUAACAGGUCCAACGGCUUGCUCACACUCAAAGACAUCUUGCCCUUGUUCCCUGAAUUUACCGUCAUCAACCAUUUUCAAGAUGAGAUCAUCCACUCCUUGAAGAGCUACAACAACGCCAUCAGCCAGUUGUCACAGGAGAUGAAAGAGUCCACCAAGACCGCUGAGAGGAUUAAGCAGGAUAUUGAGGCGUAUAAGACCCGGUUUACGAUCAUCGAGCCUGGAGAAGAGUGCCACUUGUGUGAACUGCUUUUGGUGAAGAAACAGUUCAUUUCCUUUCCUUGUGGCCACGGGUUCCAUAAGGACUGUUUGCUUAAGUUCUACGUGCAGAACGGUGACUACAAAUUUCAGAAGCUUUUUGAGAGCUUCAGGAGACAGCGCAGUUCACCUACAAACAGUUCAAGAGAGGAGAAGCUGAAGUACGUGACGGAGAUUGAUGAGGUUUUGUUGAAGAGCUGUGUGUUGUGCAACGAGUUUGGUAUUGGCUUGUUGGACGAGGGAUUUGUCGACGAAGCUGACAAGGAGUUUAGCAGUCAAUGGGAAUUGUAAGGGGAAAGCAUGCAGAUGCAAUUAAUUUACAUUCUGAAAUACGUAAAAAGGUGGCUUAUAUUCAAUGCGAGUCUUGAAUAAUCCGA